UUAUACCCCCCAAAGAAAAGUGUUCUUUUUCUCUCUCUAAAAGUUUGCCCUUUCUGGUUUUUUUCUCUUUGUAUAUAUGAUAUUUUGUUCAGUAUGCAUUAUUGAGUGGGUUGGUCUUCUUGCUCUGGUAGCGGCUGUCUUUACACCCUUGCUUAUUCUCCCUCUAUCUCUUUCUCUCUACUCCUCAAAUAACAACCUAAAAAUUACUAAAAAAAAAAAAAGAAGCUUUUUUUUUCCUAGUACUUUUCUUCCCAAGAGGAGAAAUUUCUAAGUUAUUUUUAGAUAUCUUGUCCUAAUAGUCUUUUUCAUUGAGAUAUUUUGUUUUAUUAUAUUUGUUUUUAUUAUGUCCUAGCUACCAGAUUUACUUGUUCAUUUAUUAUUAUCAUUACUAUACUCAUUUUAUUUUAUAUUACCAUCUCAGUUUCUUCCUUGGCUUCUUCAUAAGUUGAUUUGCUGCAGUUUAAUGUUGGUUCAUUGAUGUGGCUUUCAAAGUUCAAACCCUACCUACAAGUGAAAAGAAAUUAAAGCCUAAGUUUGUUUAUUAUCAAGAUUCAGCUUUUGAUUGCUUCUCUGUUCUUGGGUUGUCUGGAGAUGGUGUUUUCUUGAGUUGAGAUUCAAUUGAUUGCAAAAAAAAAAAAAAAAAAAAGAUUGGGGCUUUGUUAGUUGUUGCAUUACCAACUAUGAACAUUAGUUAUAAGCUAGAUAGUUGUUCAAGAAGCAGAUUGGGGUUGGGGUUGUAUGGGGUGGUUUUGUUACUUGCAGGUUUUGGUUCAUUGAUUCGUGAGGUGAGUGGGAUAGGUGCCAACUGGGGCACACAGUCGUCGCACCGCCUUCCUCCCGAGAUAGUGGUGAGGAUGUUGAGGGAGAAUGGGAUCCAAAAGGUUAAGCUUUUUGAUGCAGAUUAUAACACCUUGAGGGCUCUGAGCAACUCUGGCAUUGAGGUCAUGGUUGGCAUUCCGAACGACAUGCUCUUGUCCAUGGCUAGCUCAAAGACUGCUCAGAAAUGGGUUUCUGAAAACGUCACCACCCAUCUCAAAAACAAUGUCAACAUCAGGUAUGUUGCAGUUGGGAAUGAACCUUACUUGAAAACAUACAAUGGAACGUAUCUAAGAACUACUUUCCCGGCUCUCCAAAGUGUUCAUUCUGCGCUCAUAAAAGCCGGGGUUGGCAGUCAAGUGAAGGUUACUGUCCCUCUGAAUGCUGAUGUUUAUGACACUUCUAGUGGGUUACCAUCUGGUGGUGAUUUUAAAGCCGAUGUCCAUGAAUAUGUUCUUCAAAUGGUGAAGUUCUUGAAUGAUAACGGCUGCCCAUUUACUGUUAACAUCUAUCCGUUUAUAAGCCUUUAUAACGAUCCGAGCUUCCCAGUUGAUUAUGCAUUUUUUGAUGGGGAUGCAACGCCUUUAAACGAUGGGGGGACAUCCUAUAACAACAUGUUUGAUGCAAACCAUGAUACGCUGGUGUGGGCUUUACAAAAGAAUGGGUUCGGGAACGUGGCUAUUAUAGUUGGAGAAAUUGGUUGGCCAACUGAUGGGGACCGAAAUGCGAAUGUGGAAUAUGCGGAGAAGUUCAACCAAGGAUUCAUGGGUCACAUAGCAGGUGGGAAAGGCACCCCAAUGAGGCCUGGACCUAUAAAUGCCUAUCUCUUCAGUUUGAUCGAUGAGGAUGCCAAGAGCAUUGCUCCCGGGAAUUUUGAACGCCAUUGGGGAAUUUUUUACUACGAUGGACAACCCAAAUAUUCGCUCAAUCUUGGCACCAUAAGCACUGGAUCUUUAGUUCCUGCAAGAGGAGUACAGUACCUGGAGAAAAAAUGGUGCGUGUUUAAACCAAAUGCGAGGCUUGAUGAUGCUCAGGUUGCCUCCACUGUGAGUUAUGCGUGUAGUCUUGCAGACUGCACGAGCCUCGGAUUUCAGACUUCCUGUGGGGGUAUGGAUGCUCGGGCAAAUAUCUCCUAUGCUUUCAACAGCUAUUACCAGAUAAACAAUCAGGAAGACGAGGCAUGCAAGUUCGAUGGCCUUGGAGCAGUAACGAGGUCAGAUCCUACUACCGGAACUUGCAGGUAUCAGGUCAUGAUCCAGCCAUACUAUGGAGCCGCUCAACAGAGGACACAGGGUUUAGUCUUGGCUUUAUUAAUUCUCUCCCUGUGGACCAUUUUGUGACCUCUACUUAGUUCUCCGUCUAGCCAUCUAAUUCACUUUUUAGUACUCCCGAUUUUUGCAACCUCGAAGAUCCAAUUGCAGGAGGAAUCGAGACCCCUCCUUAACUGCCCCAAAAAACACCUGUUUUUUCGUUCAUUUGCUAAUUCUGAUGAGACAUUUCGGUUGCUGCUAAGGGCAGUGUAAGACUGUUUAUCUAUGUUGUUUUCUAUACUUUCCUUGAUUAAUC